UUUAUAUGAACUUCCAGUGAUUAUAUUUAGAGAAUUAGAUGUGCUUUUUUUGUUAUGGGUGUGCAUUAAGAGACCUACAUUUAUCAGCACUAAGAGACUUCGUUUUGCUUUUAGGCGCCACCAUCAGACGGUCUAUUCCUGCAUCACCAUCAUCAGCACCAGCAACAUCUGCUAGUGACUUACGAAUGCUUCCAAGUUAUUUUGAGAAAACUUUCAAAAAGAUACAAGAACUCCGGAAAGGUGUAGAGAUCCUGCAGCGGAAGGUGGACCAGCCAAGCAAUGUGGCUGCCAGCCAUACAACUCCAGAUACCUUCCUCUUUCCACUGCAGGAAGUUGAUCAACUUAAACGAUACUUUGGCAGAGCAGGUUACCAGACAAAGAAUGCAGUAAAAUCUACCUGUGAGGUGAACAUCACCGACCAACAGUCUUUUGCCCUGCUGACCUGUCGUUUCUCGGAGCCUGUAAAGGACUUUGUUCUGGAGUUGAAACGCUCAGCAGACGGCAAUAAACAAACUCUUGGGUUGUGCAGCACCAAAUCCAGUCUCAGACUGAAUUCUUACUACAUCUUAAUCCCCAACAAGGAGGAAUCUUUCCACAGUACCAGUCUGGGCAUCCUGAGUGGUGCAGACAGUCCACAAGGAAAUUACUCGAGUAUUCAUAUGGCUGCGUCAGACCCUAACCUUGAAGUCCACGUCUGCCACCUGAGUUCCUGGAAAAGGUUGACAGGCAUUUCCCUGACAUCAUCCUGUAACGCAGACGCCAGAGAUGGGCUGCAGGUUAAAGUCAUGUGCACAUUCUCCAACCCUGUUCACUACUUCCAGGUGGUGGUGAUGGUGAUGAUGAUGAGGAGGAGGAGGAGGAUGUGUGCAUGUAUAUAUUUUAGUAUCUUCAGAACGUGCAUCUCCCGCAGUCCGUUUGUCUACCUGUACCGUGGAGGUUGUGGAGGAGGGAGCUGUUCAUGUUUUGAGCUGCUCUUUCCCCAGUGAGACCAGCAGUUACCUGGUUGAGCUCAGCUUCAGCACUGGUUCCAGUAAGAAAAGUCUAGAAACAUUGGUUAUGGGCAUUUUCGUAGAUUUUUGUUUUCAAUGUUUUCAAGAGCGCCACAUUUCGGUCGUCUGGUACGGUGUGUAGAUAUGUUAAUUAGAAUACUAGGAGCUCCACAGCAAAAUGUCGUUGGAGAUUUGUUCCCCUUUUAAUGUCGAUGACACAAUAAAUAUAGGUAGCAUCAUUUGAAUGCCGUUGUUGUCGUGUUGGCUGUGGGGAUCCGUCUACUGAGAAGGAGAGUGUAUGAUAAGCAACAAUGGGCAAACAAUGUGUUUAGUGGAUUGUCUGCCCCUCGCCCUUCAGGGCCCACCCACCAAGAAUCUGGCAACAUAUAUGAUGAGAUACGCAGUCAUCAGUGGCACAAAAAACUAAUCAGUACAGACACGGUUGACCAAAAAACCGCAGACGCAGUAAUUUCUAGGUGCAGCCUGCCUCCUGUCGACCGAGACAACAGAAACAACAAGAAUGAAAUAAUCACGCAGACUCCAGCAGACGUCUCCGACGCGGCUCCAGAGGACAACCCGCACAUCCUCCUCCAUCGGCAGAAUGCCCUCAAGCCUAGGGACUCUACCAGUCACACUCUCCCGCCCUUUGACCUCCAGACAAAUCUGAAUAGUUUGGCCUCAGACUCAUCAAGCGUCUCCUCAUCUUUGUCGUCGCCUUCCCAGCGUUCGUCAUUGCCGCUUUCGUCAGAGGCGUCCUCGUCCUACCUUCACCCGGUGUCCGAGGUCAGCAUCAUGGUCGACGUCGACCUGAAUGUUCGUGCACGGCAACGGGCGCUGUACCAAGUCUUGGACUGCGGCUACGUGGACUUCAAAGUCUACGAGGCCCUCCCGAAGCCUUGCAGCCCUCGUCUGCAGCGUGCGGCAAGGAAGAUGGAGACAAACCACAACAGAUGGUCGCAGUGAGCAUCACUCCUGCCACCGAGCUGCAUGUCAUGAUUAGUUGUCUACAGGCACCCCAGGAAAUACACUGUGACAACAAACAUUUCUUGUUGUAUCAUUUGAGAGCUGUCGUCAUCAAAUGUCACCAGUAUUUGUCUAUAUAUGUAUAAAAUGUCUAUAUAUGUAUAUGAUGUCUAUAUAUGUAUAUGAUGCAGAAAUGAUUGUAUAUUGUGCUGUAAAUAAAUAAAUGGACGAAAAAUAAAGUUUUCUUGGAACAGAACAA